AGGCCUUUAGUUGAACUUCUGGCGUUUUGGCAACAUGUACCGCAUUUUUCCGCUGCUCUGUUUGCUGCUCUUUUCGGUUGUCCGAUCGGAAAACUGCGACAAGGAUUCGAGCUCUACCUUAUAUUGCCGCGGCGAAAGGGCUCUGCGCAAUGUCCUUCGUAAUCUUAAUCGCAGCGACAAGCCCUUAGUGGUGAUAAAGGGUCUGGAGAUAGUUCCCCUUCAGAACAACUCAUUGGUAGAGGAGGAGGAGAACUACAGUCUUCUGGAUAAUAUGUCCUUGUACUUACGAACCCAUGAGGUUAAUGUAAAGCUGGCCGAUUUACUGGAGGAUGAAAGUGGAGCUCAAGUUUCAGAGGCUCGCAAAAAGGACAAAGGCCAGGGAAUGCUUUUGGCCAUGGCUCUGAUGUUUGGCAAAAUGAUGGCAGUGAUGGGCUUGGGAGGCAUCGCCGCUCUUGCUAUGAAGGCACUUGGCGUGGCCCUGAUGGCCCUGAUGAUGGCCGGAAUCGUUGGUCUAAAAACGGCAGCCCAGCACGGAGGGGAGACCAGUCACAGCAUUUCCUAUGUGACCGGCGAGGGACACGGACACCAUCACAAGAGGAGACGACGCGCCACAGGACAUCAACCUUUGGCCUACAGAGGCUGGAACUGAGCCGAAAGCGAACGAAAAUGUUUUUGUUAAAUCUUAAGUAGUAUUUAAAUAAUUUAAUAACUUAUUCAUCAC